UUAUACCGCUUACACACAUUAUUCGACAAAUUUUAAAUACAAAUUACGGCCAGUAAUUAUGGAAGCUAGUAUAUUUGGCGUAUUUAUGUAUUUUGUGAAAUCUCAAUUGCGGUCAGCCUGGUUGAAGCAGCUGCAAAAUGCUUGCACGCACACAAGUGUAGUUUAUGUACGCACACAAGUAAAAAGUGUAGUUUAAGUGCGCUCAGUGCUGCACUGCGUGUGUGGAAAAGUGCGGGAAAUUAUUGCAACGAGACUGUUAAAUAGCGUUUAAGAAAAAACUAAACGUAAACCAGCCAACUCGUAAUAAUAAAGUGCGUUGCAAAAUGCUAUCAUUUGUAAAGACUUGAAGAAUUAAGCAACAAAAUAUUGGUGGCAUGUUUUGUGAAUUUCAUAAAUCUCUCGUUUCGUUUUGGUUUUUUUCUUCUCUACCACAAAAAAGGGCGCGCGAGUGAGACAACAGUAUUGGCGGUGCCGAACAGCAACAAGACAGCUAUCCCGCCUACUCUCAUUCAACUCACACGUCGCAGACUCAAAGUCUGCUCGCUCUCAAAUGUUUGACAUUUUUCACAUUCAGCAUUUUCCCUUUGUUCGUCGGCGGGUCUCGUUGUCAUAUGGCUCGUAUAGACGCUCGUGCGUGCGUAACAAAUAAAAUUGAAAAAAGAAGAAACGAAACGCAACGCAAAAAAUCGGUGUUUCAAAUUUACCAAAAUAGCGCACAAGUGUAAAUAAACAAAAUGUUAAAUGCGCGUGCAGUGUACAAGUGUAUUCAAUUCAUUGAGAAAUAUGCGUAAAAAGCGUUAUUUCGUGAUUACUACGGCGACGACGACGACGACAUCAAAACCAACAGCAACAACAACAACUAAGUGCUGCUGCGUUCAUUGACGUGACGCGCGAGUGUGAGUGUGUAUUUGUGUAUGUGUGUGUGUGUUUAUGUGUGCUGGUGAGUGUGUGAGUGUGCUGCGAGUUGUUUUCAAAUAAAUAUUAUACAAAAUACAAAAAUCAAAAGCCCGCAGCAACAGCAACAACAAACAAAACACCACAUACAAUCAAAAUUGCAGUGACAUCAAAACUGCAAACAAAACAUACAUACUACAUACAUCAAAUCAAAUCAAAAGCAAAACAACGAAAUAUUUACAUCAAGCUCAGUUCAGUCCCGCGUGUCUCUCUUCGUUGCGCGCAAAAUUCUGUGUGGGGAAGAAAAGAAAGUGUGGUCAACAGUCAUCGCAAUCUCUGCACUCAAAAUGUCUAUUUAUCUAAGUGUGCGUGAGUGUGUGUUCUCAGUGUAUUGAAGCGGGAAGAAGGAGGAAAGGAGUAAAAAGGAAGUUAAAAGCAAUAUCCAAGCAACAACAUAAAUACGAAUCAUAAUAAAAAUAUUAAACAGAAGAAGAAGCAACAACAACAACACAAAUGAAGCAAUCACAUUUUGUUCAAUUUUAAACCACAAAUAAUCUGUAUCCCCCGAGCAUUAAACAAGGCGCAUAAAUUUUUGCCAAUGAGUCGCAGACAGUCAUUGGAUCGACCAGGAAUAUUGUCUCCUCCGGGUCCGUUUCUGACGCCCAGUCCAUCACCAUCGAUCUCAGCUAGUCCACGCCUGCAACCAUCACCAUCGCUAUCGCCAUUCCCACAGGAUGUGGUGCUUGUAGCCGGUGGCAACGCAUUAAACGCCAACAGCAAUCCCCAGGAACACGAGCGCAAGGCGGCGACGCCUGGCAGGCGACAAUCCAUACAUCAGUUCACAAAUGGCAGUCCCAAUGCCGGCACCGUUGUCUUUCAACCGAGUCCAUCACAGUCACCGGCCGCUGCCACGACGGUCAUUGGCGUGACAGCUGGCGGACUCAUAGCCGCUGCUGCUGCCGCCGCUUCAUCAGCCGGUGGACACAGCAAUGCAAUUGGCAAUGAGCUAAACGCAACCCUUGUCGGCUCCAACAAUAUACAACUGAAUAAGAAGGGCAACAAGCGAACGGGUCAGCAGCAGCAACAGCUACAGCAGCAACAACUACAGCAGCAGCAACAGCAACUGCAGCAACAACAACAGCAGCAGCAGCAACAAUUGCAGCAGCAAAUCUUUAGCACCAACGCAGCGGCGCCCACAUCGAUCUGCUCGACAGUAGCCGGCGGCUAUGGGCAACCAAACGCAACGGCAAUCAGCACGCCCAUUUCGUUUGCGACAGCAAAUGUGGCUAGUAGCCCAAAAGGUCAAGCGAAAAAGGGCGCCACAACGGUGCUCAGUCAACAGCAGCAGCAGCAGACACAGUUCCAGCAUUAUCAGAGCAGCAGUCCGCUGAUAGCGGACAGUCCCAUACCAAGUCCGAGCAACGCGAUUGCGGCAGCGGCCAUAAAGCCACCAACGCCCCAACCACAGCCUCAGACCGUACAAAUGUUGCCGCAGCAGUUCACAAUAACUAGCGGGCCGCAGCAACAGCAGGCGCCGCAGCAAGUGUUUCAGUUCAUUCAGGGGCCGCAGGGUCAGAUCAUUGCCACCACACAGCAGCCAACAACGCUUCAGCAACAACAACAACAGCAACACCUGCAACAGCAGCAGCAGCAACAACAACAGCAGCAGCAACAUCAACAGCAGCAGCAGCAACAAACGCACCAGCAACGUUUUAGCAGCAAUGCAGGCAUUGCGUUGUCCACUGCCAACACGAAGGCGAGCAAAGCGCCCCAACAGAUUCUGCCCAAGCCGCAGCAGGAGCUGUCCACAACCCAAACGCUGCAGCAGCAAACGAAGGGCAAAAACAACAAUGCACAGCUGCCGCAGAUCUCGCAAUCCCCCCAGCCGCAACAGGCACAGCUUACCGCCGCACCCACCAAUGCCAAUAACCAGCAACAGCAGCCACAGCAGCAGCAGCAACAACAAAUACUGUUGCCGGCGACAACAGCACAGCCACAGCAAUUGCUGUUGAAUCAGAUGCCAGUGCUGGUGCAACAGAAUCCGCAAGGUGUGCAGCUAAUCCUACGUCCACCGACGCCACAAUUGACCACGACACCAUCGCUGGUCAUACAGAAUGCACGCGGACAACCGCAGUUGCAGCAGCCGGCGCAGCAACAGUUGCUGCGCAUUGUCAACACGAAUGGAGCGACAAUGCAACUGGCAGCAGCAACACCCACCUUCAUUGUGUCGUCGCAGGGCAAUCUCAUACAGCAGACAGCUGCGGGCGGUCAGUUCCAAAGCGCCAUCAAGUCGGGCACACAAUUGAGCGGUCUCCAUGCGGCACUCGCCCAAGCGCCACGAUCUCAGCCGUUCACCACAACGGCCACCAUCAAUACCCAGCUGCUGGGCCAGAGUGUUGCUGCGCAGUUGCAGAAUCUGCAGCUGGCCGCGGCAGCCGCUGCCAAUGGCAAUGGCAUAACGCAGAUACAGAUGCCCAAUGGCCUGGCGGCAAUAUCACAGCUGCAGCAGACGCUUGGAGGCGCCACCAUCAAUCUGAAUCAGCUCAAUGGUGCACAUCUGCAGCAGAUUGCGACGGCAUUUCAAACGCCACAGCCACCGCCGCCGCAGACAACAGCAACAGCAGCCACAACGACUCCUGCCAAUGGCAACAACACAACGGCAGAGCUGUUUGCACAAUCCUCGCCAGCACAUGUGCCGCUGGCGGUGACGCCCGAGCCACUGCGUCAGCCGACGGCACAGCAGCAGGCGGCCAUGGCCACCAUACAGCUGCAGCAUCAGCAGCAACAGCAGCAGCAGGCGCAGAUACAGCAGCUGCAGCAACAGUUGCAGCAGACUCAGACGCAAGUGCAGCAGGCGCAGCAGCAGCAACAACAGCAGCACACCGUUGAGCCGAAGAAGAAGCCGCGACCUCGCAAAAAGAAACCGCCAGCCACAGCUGCAGUGCCAGCUCCCUCGCCAACCGCUGCAGCCGCAGUAACAACAACUCCGCAAAAGAUUGCAAUACCUGCCACGCCCACAUCAACACCAGUGGUGCGCAGCAAGUCGCCAUCGCCACCGCCGACGCACAUCCAACGGGCCAGCAAUGGCAAGUUGGAUCUCGGCGAUGUGAUGAAGUUCUGCGGCAUCACCGAGGACGACGAUGACGAUGAGGACUAUGGCAUGGAUGCCACCUCAGUUGCUGGCAAUGUUUCCACUGCGGUUGCCAAUGGCAACACCAGCACCAGCAGCACCGGCAACGCUAAUGACGCUAAUGAUGUGUUGGCGCCACCGCCGCCAGUGCAACAGCUGUCGUUAAGCAAUGGAUUGACGGGCGUGAGCAGCAGCGGCUUGGCGCAGCCCAGUUCCAAUGAUAUCAUGAUCUCCAUACCGAGCCAAAACGGCAGCGAUGGCCUGCCUUUCACGCUGACCAUACCGGCACCGACGCCGGUCAACGAAGCCACCGAAAUACCAAAUAUCCUCAUCAAGAUUGAUCCAAGUGAUGUGGCAGCUGGAGCAGCCGCCGCUGCAGCAGCCACUGGAGCAACUGUACCACCGUAUACGCUAUCAACGCCACGUCUGCCCACUGCCGAGGAGAUACAGCGUCAGGCGCAGCAGCAUCUCGCCCAGCAGGCAGCUGCAGCAGCAGCGGCGGCCGCAGCCGGCGCCAAGAUCUGCACCAACAUUCAGGCGCCGACGCCGGCGCCAACGAUUAGCUUCAGUCUGGGUCCACAGACGCAGACGAUCGGCAGUGUGACGUUGCAGCCGACGCCAAUUGCUGCGAGCAUCACACUGACGACGCCCACGGUGACCACAGCAACUACUGGUUGCACCACAACGACGCCAGCUGCCACAGCGGCGGUGAAGCCGCGACGCAAACCCGCCGUGCGACGCAACACCAAGAAGCAGGAUGCCAAUAGCAACAACAACAGCAACAACAACAACAGCAGCAACAACAACAGCGGCAUCAACAGCAGCAUCAGCAAUAGCAUCGCCAACAGCAGCAGCGGUACCGUCAACACUAUCACAUUGACCACACCCGCCACCGGCAGCAGCAACACCUCGAGCAUACUCACAACAACUGUGCCCAGCCAGAUUGGCAACAUACAAAUCUCGCAGGUGCAAAAUCACCAUCAGUCCACGUUGCCCAUCAGCAAUGCCGUCGAGAAUAAGAUACAGAUCAUGCCCAUUCUGCCGCCCGGGGCCACAGUCAUGGGUGGUGUGCCAGCAGCAACCACGGUUGCGGCAUCCUCAGCGCCAGCAGCAACAAGUGCCACGCAGCUGCUGUUCCAGCCAACGCCAGCAAUAACAACGCCUGCAGCCACAGAGUCUGCUACCAUCAAGUUGUCUAGCGAUGGCCGACAGAUGCAGUUGGUCGCCAUACCGCAGUCUACGACGCCAGCAACAACAGCGCCCACCUUGCCAGCGGUGACGACAGCCGGUGGAGCGACAAUAUUGCCGCCACAGCUGACGGGAAUGCCGGGCAAUGUGUCCAUUUCAGUGGGUUCGCCUGCUUCAGCGGCCGCGUUGGUGCCACAGCUAACGGGCAGCCUGACAUUGGCUGUCUCGGAGCAGGGCGAACGUCUGAUUUUGCGACAUGAUCCUAACAAUCCGCAAGAUCAUCAGACACAGCUGAUAUUGCAGGCGCUAUUGAAGGGAGCAUUGCCCAAUGUAACGAUUAUCAAUGAGCCGACGCGUGUGGAUCCGAAUAGAACACCAGCGCCUACACCCACACCCACGCCGCCACCCCCUCCACCAGUAGCACUGCAGCAGCAACAACCACAAUUGCAGCAGCCGCAGACGACGCCAGUAACAGCAGCAACUGCUUCAAUACAGCAGUUGCCCAAAGUGGUGGCCGCAGUGCCCAAAACGGAGGUUAAAGUUACGAACAACCGAAAGCUUUCUGCGCCUGCGUUGCCCGCCAACAACUUGGUCGGCAGCAGCAACAUCAUCAGCAGCGUGAGCACCAUCAGCACCAGCAACAACACGAUCAAACCACCGCCUCUGCCCAUAAAGAUCAAUGAGACCUUGUCGUUUCCGCAACUGCUGUCGACGACAACAGCAACAACAACGCCCACAACAACUUCUCAGCUUAUUGUGCAACAGCAACCACUGCAACAACAGCAGCAACAGCAACAGUCUGUGCAGCAGCCAGCCUCGGGAGGACAACGUUAUGUGGCUCUGCCUCCAAUUGAUCCCAGCACGCAACAAUUGUUCUGUCUAAACAGCGUGUCCAAUCAGAUCACGGCCAUCAGUGCUGGCCAAACGGCGGCAUCGAUAGGACCUUCGGAGCGUUUGCUAAUUGCGCCGGCAGGCAUUAAUGCCCAACAGUUGGCGCAGUGUCUGCAGUUGGGUCAAUUGCACUUUAACGAUGUGAAUCCCUUGCCGCAGCCACAGCUGCAACUGCAGCAGCAGCAGCAAGCACAGCCGACAACGAUGACUGCAACAUUGCCCCUUCCGCUGCGACCUCAACCACCGCAACAGCAAAUUGUGCAUCCGAUACAGCCGAUCAGCAACGGACACAGUAUUAGCCUGGGAUUGCCCAUCACGACGACAACAACAACGACGUUGACAACCAGCAGCAGCACCUCUACGAGCACCACAACAGUCACCAAACAGGUGGCCAAUGUGGCACCCAUUAUUGAUCAGAGCAAGGCUAAGCUGGAGCCGGCGAAGGCAACUGCAGGGGGCACAACAACCACAUCGUCCAGCACAGGAGCUGUGGCCAAGAAGAAGCCAGUCCGCAAGCCAAAGACGACACCAACAGCAGCCGAGUUGGCAAGCUUGAAGAAUGCGAGUGUUGUGAAACCGAUGCCUAAAUUGGAUCCGUUGUCACAAAAGCCCAACAACAAUCCCGUGCAGAUCGUGCAACCGAAUGUGGCGAGUGGCAAGCAAAUGAUUGUUGUGGUCAGCUCGAGCGGCAACCAGUCAACGACGACCACAACAACUACCAUCAUGAGCAACAGCAUCCAGCCAUUCCAAACAACAAGCGGCACCAAGCUUGUGGGCGUUACGGCACCAAUGCAACAACAGCAGCAGCAGCAGCAACAACAGCAAUUGCAGCAGCAGCCAACAGGAGCGAUAGCAACUGUGCAAUUGCAACAGCAACAGCAGCAACCACGUGGCAGCUUCAGCCUGACGGCAACAACAUCGACACCAAGUGUUGUGGCAAGUAGCGGUAGUUUGUCAGUAGCAGCAGCAGCUCCCGUUGUGGCGCAACUGCAAUUGGCAGGACAGUUACAGCAGCAACAGCCGUUGCAAGCGCAGCCUAAACAACAGCCGACAGCAGUGCAACAGCAGCCACAGCAGAACACAAUUUCACGAGUACAAACAAUUCAACUGACGCCCCAAAUGCAGCAAGUGUUUAGGACAGUGCAAAUGCAAAUUCAGUUCCUCACCAUCAAGUUGCAAAACAAAGCAAUUGUGCCAACACUGUCCAUUUCGCCUGACAUUGAUCCGGCAGCAAUCGCUAUCUAUAACAAGCCCAUGACAGAUGCAGAGAUUAAUGUGGCUUUGCAGCGCCUGUUUACGGAACAGCAUCGCAUACUGGCCUCGGGCAAAGAAGUCCCGACGCCAGAAGGCAUGGUACCGACGCCGAAUGGCAAUGGUAGCUUUAGCCUGAUGCCGCAGCAGUUCCAGCAAUUGCAGCAGCAACAACAGCAGCCAACACAGCAGCCGCAACUGCAACAGGCGACAGUGCAACAAACUGUGGAGUCGGUGAAGACAGCAACACCUGCUGGAGUGAUACUCGCCAAUGUGGUGCAGCCGAAUAAUCACUCCACCACUAGCACAGCAGCAACAGCCGGAGCAGCCAUCAAUGCCCAGCAACAGCAACAACAGCAGCAGCAGCAACAGUUGAAUGUAGCACAGCGUAUUCAUAUCUACCCCAUGCAGCAUCAGCAACAGCAGCAACUGGCCAACAAGCAGAAGAUGGCGCAACAGAAGCAGCAGCAGCAACAACAAACGACUGCUAUCAGCAACUUGCCACAGCAGCAAGCAGUACAGCUUAAGCUCAAGGAAUCGCCAUGUCGCAGCAAACCCAAUGCAGCCAAUGCACAGCAGCAACCACAACAGCAGCCAACUGUCAACGUGUUGCAGCAAAAGACAAAUAUAUUGUCGGUGCCGCAGCAGCAACAACCACUUCAGCAACCGACCGUAAAUUGCAUCAAGAACGGACCACCGCCACUCAUCUUUGCCAGUGCAACGAAUCUGUUAUCGAACAGCAACAAUGUGAGCAACAACAACAACAGCAGUUCGAACAGCAACAGCAGCAACAACAGCAUCGUCAACAACAGCAGCAGCAACAGCAGUGUCAGCAAUAGCAACGUGCAGGUCAACAGUAUGUUGACAAUGCCGCCAUUGCAGCCGCAACAACAACUGCAACAGCAACUGCAAAUCCAGCAGCAGCAACUGCAGCUACCAUUGCAGCAACACCAGGCGCUCACCCAACAACCGGUGGCAACAGCAGCGCCAGCAUUGAGUAAUUUAAUUACCCCAUCGUUGCCCGUGUUCUUGCCACUGCCGUUGUCCAAGCCGGAGGAGUUGUUGCCAACACCAAAACCUAAAAUUGCACGCCUCUCCUUGUUCGUACGACAGCUGGAAGUCGAUCAGGAGAGCUGCUUGAAGCCGGACUAUGUGAAGCCAUUUCGUACCAAAGACGAGGCGGUCAAACGGUUGAUCAGAUAUCAUUGUAUGCAUGAAAAUGAUGAGGAGCUGCCCUCCGAUGAGGAUGAAGAGUUUGAAGCAACGGCGCUGGGCUUUCGUGAUAAGUUCCGUGAAUUGAAUGGCAAACUUCAAGAGAUUCUUUUACAGGAGUCAACGUUGCAACAUCGCACUUCGGAGUCCCUGCAAGUCGAGCAGCUGAUGAUCGAUGAUCUAAAGGGCGAGAUAAGCGAUAUACGCACAGCCGAAAAGGAGCUGCUCGAGAAACAUCAGCAGCAGCAGCAACUUAAGGAGGAGCAAGACAAUAAUGUAGCAACCAACGAAGUUGACGCCGGAUCGGAGACCAAAGUGAAGGAUGAAAUCAAAAUGGAACCAUUAGAGAAAGUAUCCGAAACAACGCCGGCAACAACUGCUGCCGUUGUGGAUAAGUUUGAUUUGCUGAAGAAUAGUGCCGAUGUGAACAAGGCGUACAACAAACAGCAGCCGCAGUCUCAGCUUCCGCAACAACAGCAGCAACAACUGGUUAAGCGAGAGGAGAAUGGCGAUUGGUUGGCUAAUGGUGGACAGACUAAUGCUGGCAGCAACAACAACUCUUCGAGCGAUGCUGUCAAGAAGGAGCAGCUCAACAGCUCUAAGGACAACAUGGAGUAUAUCAAGAAGGACUACGACAACUUUGACAUUGAGUCACAACUGACGAGUUUCAUCAUGAAGAAAGUUGAGCAGAAAAUUGAACCCAAUGGAAGUAUGCAGCACCUUAAGAACGCUGAGCCCUGUUUUGCAGCUAAUGUGUUGCAUGAGCAGCAACAACAGCAUAACCAGCAGCCGCAUCAUCAACAGCAGCAGCAUCCUCAGCCGCAGCAACAACAACAGCUUGUCAAGAACAAUACGCUAGCCAAUGAAGAUCACGACGAUAGCUGGUAUUGUCUGCAGAAGGAGCUCAAUCUGAUGAACAAUGAAACCUUGCAGCCGCAGCAGCAACAACAACAGCAGCAGCAACUGCAACAACAUCAACAGCACUUGUCAGAGCAGCAUCUGUAUGGCAACAACAACGCUGGCAGUCUGCUGAACAAUGGUAACCAUUUAUCGGAUCUGUUUCCCAAUGGUUGCAUCGAUAAGAGCAAUCAGAGCAACAGCAAUAGCAGCAGCAACAGCAGCGCCAGCAGCUGUGCAGGCGAGGUGGUCGGCAACAGCAGCAAUGUUGCCAACAACUUGCCCAUUGGCAGCUCCUCGUGCAGCCAGCAACGCCAGCAGCCAUUGGCAAUGCAAGCUGAACAGCCCAAUCAUCAUCCUGCGAUUAGUGAAUUCUUCAACAGUGAUUCUGAUGUGCAAAAGUCCGUGGAGACACGACUAGAGGCCAUGUUUGGUGAAUCACCUGUGCAUUUGGAUGUGAAGAACAGCAGCGAUGACCACGACAUUGAGUCCAAUCUUGAUGAAAUUUUCGGCGAUUCAAAAUCUCCUGUUGCGAAUCAUAAGAACAAAAUGAAUAUCUGGGCGCCCGAUACAGAUUUUGCUACAAGCUACAACAAUGAGCAACAGCAACAGCCUUAUGGACAUCCGCAACAGCAGCAGCAGCAGACGCAGCAGCAAUCACAACAGCAGCAACAUCACAUUGAGCUCAACUGCAACAACAAUCCGCGUUGGAUGCAGAGCAUGGAGGCUCACUAUAGCGAUUACAUGUCCAGCAAUACGAGCACUGUCGAUGGCCAGUCCCAUAAUAUGCUGGUCAACGGUGAGUCUCGGAAACGCCACUGGAAUGGUCAGUUGAUGGGCUCCAGCAGCGACAUGGAGGAUGAGAACAGUAGCAAACGAUUGUGCACAGCUUCGUCAACCUCGUCGUCGCCUCUGUCCUCUCAGCAGCAGAUUCAAGUGCCGCAGCAUAGUAUACUCGAUGCCGAUAUGCUGGCUCUGCAUGAUGGCAUGGGUGUGGACGCUGUGACAACUAAUGGACCUGCUGGUUUCUCACAGCUGCUCAUGGAUCAACAACAACAGCAGCAGCAGCAACAACAACAGCAGCAGCAACAGCACAACUUUGGCAAUCAUCAGGCUUUUGCUAAUAUGCUUGAUCCACAACAGCAGCAACAACAACAGCAACAACAGCAGGUGCAACAACAACAGCAGCAACAGCAGCAGCAUCAACACUACCAGCAUAGCAUGCAACAGCAGCUUCAACAACCGCAGCAAGCACAGCUACAUGUGAAUCAUAUGGGUGCCGCUUCUGUGGUCACCGGCGAGUACGAUGACGACAUAAGCCGGCAUGUUGCAAGUGCCAUUGACAGUAUACUCAAUCUGCAGAACAGCGGAGAUUCACUGCAGUUCUCGCUCGGCUCGUUUCUGGGCGAUAGCAUCCUGGACGAUCAGCGACAGGCGGCGAAUUUGCCCAGCUGCCAGCAGGAUCAGUCGAACAAUAGACGCCGCCAGUUGGGCGAUGACAUUGGCGAUUGCCUGAUUAGUGGCGAGGCUGCAGCGGUAGUGAGUGCUGUGGCCGAUGCUGGUGGUAAUCUAUUGUUGGAUCAUCAUCACCACCAUCAACAUCACCAGCAGCAGCAACAACAACAGCAGCAGCAACAACUUAUGCAGAAUCACAUGGGUCAGCAGCAACCGCAUCUUCAGCAUCAUGGACAACAUCAUCACGGCCUCUCGCAGGCACAAGGCCAACAUCAUGGCCAACUAAAUGACUUUAGCUGUGUGGCUGCCGGUCUAGAUGAUGCUGUUAAGUCAAUUAUGACAUCUUGACUUGGGCUCCAGACAACAGGAACGGGACAGGCAAUAGCCACCGAGCUGCCGCCGGCGGCAACAGCAGCUGUUGCCAACAGUCUGAUACUGGAGUUCAAUGCGACCACCUUGUGAAGAGCUGCCCCAGGCAACAAACAUGGACUGUACUAUAUAUAAAAACCCUAAGUUCUCUUUAGUUUUUGGUAACUGGGCUGAAAUUAUUAUUCAGUCUCAAAUCAGCCAACAUUUGCACCCUGCUCUGUACAAUUUUCUUAAUUUUAGUUUUAAGUUUACAAAAAAAAGUAGCGUAAAUUGUUUUAAUCCUUGUUUUCGUUUUUAGUCCAAUGUGUUUGUACAAUAUUUAAUGAAAAUCAGAAAGCAAAAUGAGCCCCCGGUAUUAUUUGUAUAAAUUGAUAGUCACGCAAUCGGGACACCAGAUCCUUCGAAGUCAAUAGCAAAGCAAUUAUAACGCCGAGAAUUGAAAACAAAACGACGAAUAGCAUGAAAUGCUUCUUAGAGAAGUACACUGAAUGAAUUCUAAUGUAAUACAAAUUAUAUAGCUACAAUAAAUAAGUGAAAAAUGCCUAGACAAUUUAUUAAAAUCUAAAUCUAAACUAUGAACAUGUGAAAAAAAGCAAACAAAAUAAAAUAAAUUAUAUUUUUCGGAGUGCCGAAUAUUUGAUACACUUGCAGAGCACAAUAAAUUUGUUGUCCGGUGCAAGGUGAUGAUCUCUCUCAAAAGAGUUAAUCCCGAUCCAUUUGUAAAAGCUUUAAAUUCGUUUACGCUCUGCAAGGAUAUGAGAACAGUAUAGAUUGGAAAUGAAAUGAUAAUUGGUUGUAAUUAAUUGAGAAUUAAGAAAGUGGUGCGACAGCAAAGUGCUGAUCAUGUCGAGAGCAUUCGAAAUUCGUAAUUAGAUUUAUGCAAAACAAUUGUAACAACGUUGCCAAUUUUGUUGAAAUGAAAAAUGGGGGGAAAAAUUCAACCACAGCAAAUCGAUUUACAUUACAAAUCUACAUAUACAUAAAUAUAUAUACAUAUACAAGAAAAAGUAUAUUAAAUUAUUUAUUAAUAAGCAAUUGUAAAUACAUGUAUACACACAUUUACAUAUUUAUUUAUGUAAUGCAUGCGCCAGUUUCAACAAUCGCAGAUUUUAAAACAAACAAACAAAUGGAUUUGCUCUUAGUGUAAACAAAAUUACAAUGUGUAAUAAAAUAAAAGAAGCAUGCGAAAAUACGUAAAAUAAAUUAAAAUAAUAAUAAAAACUAAUUUGAUAAAUUGAAGCUAAGCAAUUUAAACUAUUAUUUAUAAACGCUUAACGUCUGUCUGCUUUUGAGCUAACAAACACAAACAUACACUCACGCACACACAUACAUAUAUGUAUAAUUAAUUCGAAUAAUCAAUGUGCUCAAUUUGAAUUAGAAAGCUAUUAGCCAUGUCUUAAGAUUUGGCUAUGACUACGGGCUAUGACUACGGGUGACAUAAGCAAAAGUCUUAAGAUGAGUUGACAAAGGGCAAACGACGAAGCAAACCAAAAGCAGUUCAAAAAUGAAAAUCACAAUUUUAGCAAAUUUAGUUUAAACAUUUAUUAAUUAUUAAAAUAUAAAUCUAUAUAUAUAUGUAUGCAUAUUGUACAUGUAAUAACACAAACAAACAAACAAAACAAAACGAAAACGAAUCGUAUCAUUGUAUCUUGAUCUUGAUCUUGCCACAAAUCUGAUUUGUGAUUUGUGCCACGUUUUAAAUAUCGAUGUCUGACUAGCUUGUAAAACCAAUUAAAAAACCAAUAAAUCCAUAGUAAGCAAAACAACUACGAACUUAAUCCAAAUAUUGUAAAUGUUAGGAAGCCGCCGCAUAAGAUUCACUCAAUUCUCACAUAGGCAAAGUGUGCGACUUAAAUAGUUAUAUACAUCUACAUAUAUACAACAUACAUACUUAGUCGUCCGUCACGUAUUAACGCAUACCAAUUACAAUAAAUACUACUACUAAUACUUCUACUACUACUACUACUACUUUAAAUACCACCACAGCAACAAAAACAACAACAACUACAACCAGAGAACAAGAAAACUACUACAUAAAAAUCGUACUGCAGUGAAAAUGUACGGAGCGUGACUAAAAUAGAAACGUAUUUGAGAGCUACAUUAUAUGUAGUUGAUAAGAGAAUUUCAGAUGGAAUUAAAUUGUAUGUAUUAUAUAUAUAAAUAUAUCGAUCGAGUUUAAUUGGUUUAGAUGCCCCGACGUCCCUUCCCAUGACCCCUUCCCAUCUGUAUGAUUUAUUACAGAGAUGUGCAUGCAACACUUUCUAGUUGUUAUACAAAGACAAAUAAUAAAACAAGAUUGUAAAGAUUUAUAUAUAAUAGCAUAAAUUAAGUUAGUCAAGGAAAUUUGCAUUCGAUAAUAUAUAUAGCUGCUGAUACAAAAAGCAAAACAAAAAAAAACAAACAAAAAAAAGGAAAAAAAAAUGCAAACAGAACUUAUCACUCGCUAGGAGCCCAAUUCAAUUAAUUAUUGAUUAAAUGAUAUCAUUUGUAACUUAAAUACGCAUUGUUUGAUCUUUAUACUUGUAUUCAAUACGAAACGGUUAUUCAAAUCGGCUUCAACAGAACCUCCUCCCCUAUCUACCAAAAACCAUACGAAACAAAAUAAAACGAAAUGAAACGAGAUGAAAAACUUAAAAUGGAAGAGAAUCCCAAUAUCGUAAUAUAUAAAUUGUUCAGCUAAAUGUGUCUAAAUGUAAUUUAAAUGAAAACAAAAAAAAAAGAACAAAAGAAAAACAAAGAUUUUUAAUGCAACAUUGUGAGUUUUAAUUACAGCAAACCAACUUAAGAAAAAAAAGAGAAAUCAAGCAAGUUUAAUAUUUCAUAGUUUAUUAAGCCCAUCCAUUCAUAGUCGUCAUAAACAUUAAGUAAAUAAAAGCAACGUAUAUCGUAUUCAAAGCGAAACGCAACAACAACAGCAACAACAAAUAACAUGAAUCCGAAUUGAAACUGAGAAACUUUAAAUACAACAAACAAACAAAAGAAAAAAACCCACAAAAAAUUGCAAUCAAAUUCAAUGCGUGUUGUUGGGUGCAAGUGCAAAUCGUACGCAAAAAAAAAAAGAAAAAUACGUAUUCAUAAGAAUAAAGAAAAUUCAAACAAUUUUAAAUCAGCGUCUUUUUAUUAUUCACAUCAUUAUGCAACAUCAGCAUAUUCUUACAAUCAUAUCUUUCCAGUUCGUUUGUAUGCGCUACAAAGACUUGUGAUGUGAUGUGUGUUCAAUUUACUAAACAAUGCUGUGGUUGUG